AUGCAAUUUAGUUCGGAACAUGAUUCACAAGAUCAAAUGCAGUACAAUGAUUCCGAAUGCAUCGAUAUUCCUCAUAUCCUGCGCCUGUUGCACGGUAACUGGACCGGGCUUUAUACCGCUGCCGAAGGUACGCCCGCAGUUCUCGGUCAAACCACGGUGGGCCCAGAGCGUGUGUUCGCGGGCGGUGAGGUGGAUUCUAUGGUUGCUGGAUUCAAUGACGAACCAACUCCCGAGAUACAUCCACAUCCUCAGGGUUCCGGGAAUCCCAAUUUGUGA